GUUUUGAUUGAGCCUCUCUCUUUUGACUGUUUUUAUAUAAUCAAGUGGCUUUGCUGCCAACGGGCCUAUACAAUGUAGGUCUAAGGGGAAGUUUUUGCUUUUUCCCUCCUAUUGGGAUCUGAUUUCCUACUUGCACUUAGUAAGUACCAGUUCCUGGGACCACUGUUGGUUUGACCCUGGUUUGUUGCGUUUUCAGUCCCUGCCUGAGUUUUUACCUGUUUCAAGGUGUCUGUGCCUUUUUUGAUUUGUUCAUCUGUAAGAUUUUAAUAAACACAAACUAACAACCUGCCUCUCUGUUUAAGCCUUGGUCCUUUUGUGACUCUUUGCAUUUCCAGUAUGGCCCUUUUCUUAACCUCUCCGAGUUAGCUUCCAUCUGUAAAACAAGUGGACUAAACUGGAUUGGAUGUACUUAAACCGCUCCCCCAAGCACCUGGGGGGCUGCAGGGUGAGAGGAAUGGGGUGUGGGCAGGGGCUCCUCCCACAGGCCACUUCCAGAGCAAGUCUUUGUGUACUUUACACACUGGAUCUGGAGACAAAUUUAUUUUGAGCAAAGUUCCAAGGGGGAUCACUGAUGUCCCUGUGUCCUGUCAGCUGGGCUGCAGGGAGAGGUGGAGGCAGGGAGAGAAAAUGUACCUGUUUAACCCACCAAUCCCCUAUUCUGUGGCACACACCCCCUCCCCCUGACUCCCUAACUCUGCUCCUAGGGAAAAUGUUACCUGUUCCAGCUCCAGGAAGGAUGUUACCUUUGACGAUGAGAAUGCUAGUGCUGUUGCUGCUGCCCCUGAGUCAGGCUGCCCCCAAGGAUGGAACCACUAGGCUGGCCCCUGAAGUGGAGCAGCGGGCCCUACGCAACCCCUUCCAGCCAGGCCAGGAGCAGCUCCGACUUCUACAGAGCUACCUCAAGGGACUAGAGAGGAUGGAAGAGGAACCGGAGCACAUGAGCCGGGAGCAGGUUCUGCUCUACCUCUUUGCCCUCCAUGACUACGACCAGAGUGGACAGCUGGACGGCCUGGAGCUGAUGUCCAUGUUGACAGCAGCUCUGGCCCCCGCAACCGCUGACUCUCUCACCACCAACCCAGUGAUCCUGGUAGUGGACGAGGUGCUCGAGACCCAGGACCGGAAUGGAGAUGGGCUCAUGACCCCUGCGGAGCUCAUCAACUUUCCAGGAGAGGCCCUAAGGCACUCGGAGCACAAAGAGCCCCUGGAGCCCCAAGAUUCACAGAGGCCGGCCCUGUUAGCUAAAAGCCCAUCACGACAAGACGCACAGGAAACCCUGGGUCCCAGAGAAGCUGGGGGACAAGUGGAGGCCAGAAAGGAGUCCUUGGAGCCUGUGCAGGAGGCUGGCGGGCAGGCAGAAGCUGGAGGAGAAGCCCUCAGCCCUGGAGAGGAGGCUGGGGGACAGGCAGAGGCCAGGGACACUGGAAAGGAAGCAGAAAAGCUUCCAGGGGAAACAUUGGAGUCCAAGAACACUCCACAUGACUUUGAGGUUCAUGCUAUUCAACUGGAGAAUGACGAGAUGUAAACCUGGAGGAUACAGCUUGUACCCCUAGAAGUCUCAGUGCCAGAACAUAAGUUCCAAAUGAUGGGGUGUGUAUGUUGGGACAAGAACCACCUCCGUGUCCCCUUCCUGGUCCCAGUAGGUGGCAGGUCUUUCUCUACAGCUCAUGGAGACCCUAUGUUUGAGGGGCAGCUUUAGGGCCCAGACGACCAAUAAAGAACUGAA